AUGGAGGUCGCGGAAUUUGGAACAUUGGACUCCUUCCAAUACGAUCAAGGGCGGUUGAAUGAGCCACUCACCACCAAUCUGCUGCUCGAUAUUGCAUCCGGACUUGAUGCUCUCCACAAAUGCAAUAUCAUCCACGGCGACGUGAAGUCUGAAAACGUUCUUAUCUGCCGGCACAAGCAUAGAAAAUACGUCGCUAAACUGUCAGAUUUUGGACUGUCCAUCAUCAACCCAGAUCCAGAGGCUCUGCACAAGCUCAUCGGCGGCACCUGGCUUUGGGAAGCCCCGGAAAUUGAAACUCGAAUGUCUGUUCAAGGACUCAAGCAAACCGAUUUGUUCUCCUUAGGCCUCCUCAUCUGGCGAGUCCUGACCAACAAAUUCAUGCCCUACGAGACUCUUGGACAAGACAUUGUCAACCGAUACUGGUCUCCAGAUCAAAAAAGUUUCAUACUCUCAGUGAAACAGGACUCAGAGUUCUGUGGCAUUGUCCUUCACUCCCUGCGAUACUCCGGGAUUGAUGAAUGGGCCAAAUCUUUUGGAAUCGCCAUUCUACCCCACUCUCUCGGCCACGAUCCAAAGUCAAGAUGCUUACAAAAGAUACUAGGGGAAAUGCAAAAUCCUAGACGUGGUAUUCCUCAAAGGUGA